AUGUCGGAUGGUUUGCCAGAUAUCGCAGAGCAAGGCGAGAAAUUUGCUCUCUUACACGAAAAAGAAGUAUCAAGAAAGUCGUCAUGCUUCAAGAAGCGACCAUGGCUAGUAGCUGUAUGCGCUAUCAUCCUUACGAAUCUACUUUCAAUUGUUUUUACUGCAAGAUAUACAAAAUCCCAGAGCUACCAAUCAUACUCCUUAGACUUGCCUAGAAUGAAGGAAAUCUAUCCUGAACUUGACAGAUCCCACAUCCUAGCUCAAUUCAGCGAGCAUCGGGUUAAUGGGACAAGUAGAUGGUCAGCCCCGCCAAGUCCCUCAGUGGACAGAGCUUGGCUAGAACUAGGCGCUCGCGAUAUUGGAUUUCUCGUUCCAAAGGCAGUAGGUAUUGGCCACGGUCUUGAUCCUAGAGAGCAAAAAUAUUACCCAAAAGGCACUUAUAGCAGCGAUCCUGAACUAGAGGGGUUUAUCGUGUUUGUUCAAGCCUUCCAUGACCUACAUUGUUUAGAUGAGCUCCGAAAAGGCCUAUACUUCAACAAACCCUACUACCGCCAGUAUGAGGAUGACAAUCUCGUGCCAGAGUGGUUCCGCGUAAGCCAUAUUAAUCAUUGUCUGGACAAUAUUCGCGAGACCUUGAUGUGUGCGGCUGAUAUAGGGGUGAUACCAACCGUAUGGACUGGAUUGCAUAACAGCUCUAUUAGAUUCUCUAAUAAGCAUCAAUGUAAUAGCUACGAUUCAUUGCUAGAGUGGAAAGCGAAGUGGGAUGCAGACCAUCCCGCUUUUGCAGAGGAGUUGCAGGAGCAGCCUCAAGCGCCUCCAGAUGCAGUUUUUCAUGACCCUAGCGAGUGGGUGGCCUAA